AUGAAGACUGAUUCCCACAUUUCACGCAAAGAUGUGAAUAUAGACCUAAAUGAAGUGUUAUAUGAUAUGGCAGAGCUUCGUUUGCGUGGAGAGACAUCAAACCAAGCCGUGCAUGAUAACGCACUGGAGAAUCAGUUUAAUGAUGACAAUGUAACUACAAAUUUCAAUAUAGACCUAAAUGAAUGUGUGGAGGAGACCAUUGAGUUGUCUUCAAGUGAUGUGGUAGAAAAGGGCGAGGAGCUUCGUACAUAUGAUGUUGUGGAGGAGGCUGAGGUGGACGAGGAGGCCAUUGAGUUGUCUUCAAAUGAUGUGGUGGAACAGGGCGAGGAGGCUCAGGAGGAUGAGGUAGCUCAGGAGGAUGAGGAGGCUCAGGAGGAUGAGGAGCCAUCCGUAAACCAUGUUGAUAAAAUCCCAACUGUGGGGAUGUCCUUUACUUCGGGCAAUGAAUUUGCUGAUUACUGCCAUAAGUAUGCGUAUAAUAAAGGUUUUGAGUUCUCUGUGAGAUCAAGUUCAUUAAUACAUGAGUACCGUGAAGAAGGAGUUAACAAAAAGGGGGUAGGGGAUAAAGAGCCCAUGUAUCAUAUGAUGAGAAGGAUUCGAUUUAUUUGUAACAAAGGAGCCCCGAAAAGGGGGGAAAGAACUAAAGUUACGGGGUGUAAGGUGUUUGUAGAUGCGCGGCUAGAGAAUGACAUGAUGGUAAUCAAGCAUUGUGAUUUGUCUCACAAUCAUGAUCUUUAUCCGGAUCACACCCGGCUAAUGGCGAACUAUCGAUGUAUUGAUGAACAAUCUUUUCAAAAGAUGGUUCUGAAUGAUGCAGCUGGGAUAUCUUUGAAUAAGAGCUUUAACUCGCUUGUGAUUGGGAGUGGAGGACAUGCAAAUGUAUCAUACAAUCACCGCGACCUGAGAAAUGCAGUGAACUUGGAACGUAGGCGUACCAUUUUUGGAGGUGAUGCAGCUGCUGUUGAAGCACACUUUAAGAAAAUGCAUGAAUUCAAUAAAGACUUCUACAGUGCAAUCCAAACGGAUAAAGAAGGGAAGCUCUUGAACGUUUUCUGGGCUGAUGCAAGGUGCAGGGCACAAUACAAAGAUUUUGGAGAUAUUAUCACAUUUGAUACAACUUUCCUAUGCAACAGGUACAAAAUGCCUUUUGCUCCUUUUAUUGGUUGCAAUCAUCACGGCUCAUCAAUCGUCCUUGGUGCUGCCCUAAUAACCUACGAGGAUGCAGAAUCAUUUGUUUGGGUAUUCGAACAAUGGCUGCAGUGUAUGGGAAAACCCCCAAUGGGCAUCAUCACCGAUCAGUGUAAGGCUAUUGGAAAGGCAGUCCAGACUGCAUUUCCUGGUGUGCCGCAUAGGUUAUGUGUUUGGCAUAUUAUGCAGAAUGCAAGCAGAAACUUGGGCAAAUAUUCGAGCUGGAAAGAAAUAGAUAAAGAUUUUCAAGUAGUCGUGCACGACACACUGACCAUCGAAGAAUUUGAUGAUGCAUGGAAAUCCAUGGUUACGAAAUUUGGGUUACAGAACGACAAAUGGAUAAAUGAAACUUAUCGUAUUCGGGCCAGUUGGGCCCCUGGUUAUUGGCGGAGCUCAUUUUGGGCUGGAAUGUCAUCGUCACAAAGGAGUGAAGGAAUGAACCGCUUUUUCAAAACAUAUGUAGGCUUAAACACGUGUUUGAUACAAUUCAUGAAGCAAUUUGAGGCAGCUCUUAGAGGAAAAGUGGAAGAGGAAAAGAAGUUACAUCUCGACUCACAAAAUAAACCAUAUACUUAUAACAACACCCUAAUUGCGGAGGUAGUGUUCUGCAAGGCAUACACCAAUACAAAGUUUAAAGAGGUGAGGGGUGAGGUGAUGGGUCUGACGCACACAAAUAUUGUGAGUACUGGCCGUGACGGCACAAAAAUCUUAUAUGAUGCGGUGGAGAAGAUCCCAAUCCCCGUACAUAAAGCAAAGCAGAAGACUUUUCAGGUUACCAUUGACAAAGAAAUGGGUGAGUUUACUUGCUCAUGUAUGCUUUUUGAGUUUCGGGGAAUUUUGUGCAGGCACAUCAUUCGUGCGAUUCAUUGUGAGGAUGUCAACUCUAUACCUGAUAAGUACAUUUUGACUAGAUGGAGGAAAAACGUAGUUAGGGAUUACGAGAGUAUCAAGGUUGAGUAUUAUGACCCAAAUGACUCAACCCAAGUGAAAAACAGUAGGGAGGUAGCAAAACGGAACAACUACAUUUCUACGUUGGCACUGCACAAUAGUGAGACACUCUCGAUUUUUAUGGAAGCCACUGAAAAAAUGCGUGAGAGUCUCGAAGAUACAAUUGGUAUUAAGAGGACUGAUGGUGAUGAUUUUAUGGACUGGUGGGACCCUUCGAGUAAGAGGGUGUUUGGCCGCCGUAGGAUAAGGCCAAAGGAAAACAAUAAACAACACCUCGAACGCUCCGCAGUGCCAGUUGAAGGGGCCAGUAAAGAUCCGAUAGACCAAAGAGGCAAAGGUAGGGCUCAAGAGAAAAGGAAAAAGCACCCAGCUGAGAAAAAAACAAGGAAAAGGCGAAAAAAUGUUGUGCACGACACAGACGAGGAUAUGGACGAGGAGAAUGAUGAGGCAUUGCCAAAUGGAGAACAAGGCCAUGUUGAUGCUGGUAGAAGUGCUGGUGUAACUGAUUCUUACUACGGUGGAUAUCAAUAUUACGGCGGAAAUUUUAUCAAUCCGGGAUACAAUCCUAACUUUUUCGCACCCAGCAGCAGUAAUUAUCGUCCGAAUAUAUAUCUGAACCAGCAACCACUUGGAAGAGGUUAUCCCAACUUCAGCGUGAGGAAUCCGCAACAGCUUUCACAGUCAUACAUGUCGCAAGGAUCAAACCAAUAUUCAGCUAUGCGUCCAGGCUUUUGA